AUGACGGUGAUCCUGCUGGACUUCAGCAUUUGUGGGGAGUUUGAGCUGACGGUCCUGAACGGCAGAUGGGUGAACGCCCCUGAGUGUCAGCAGACUCCUCACACACACUGCGACCUGACCUUUGACCUGGGCUCGGACUCAGACUACAACCUCCGUGUCAGAGCGCAGUGUGGAUCCGAGCUGUCAGCCUGGAGUCCCAGCCGAGCUUUCAACCGCAGAGACACCGUCCUGAAGGGGCCCGAGAUGGUGGUGGCGGCGGUCGGUGACGCCUUGCAGGUGACGUUUGACAAGCUUCCUCUCACAGCUGCGGUCAGCGUGACGGUGUGGAAGAGAGGCGACGAGCUGCAGGCCUCGGUUUACACGAUGCCUUCAGAGCAGAAGGUGCUGCACGUCGCCGCCCUGCGAGGAGCGGUGUACUGCGUCAGAGCUCAGACCGCACUGAGCACACAGCUCUACAGCAGCAGCACCGACACUCAGUGUGUGCCCAUCACAGGUCCAGACGCUGCCUGGAAGAAGCCGACCACUGUGACGGUGACGGUCAUCAUCAUGGCGGGUCUUCUGUUCGCCGUGUUCUGGUCUGUCGUUCACUGCCCUCAAGAUACCUGUCAAACGUAUUUCCACAAAGAGCCGCUGCCGAACUCACUGAAACUUGAUUGGGACACUAAAAUCCCGAUGAACCCUGAGGAGGUGGAGCUUUGUGAGCAGAUCCAGGUGGUGCAGAGUCUUGAACCCUACCCCUGAAAACCCUGAAGAGGUGCAGCAAAGAACUGAACUUCCAUUCUUCAGGAUUUCUGCAAGCGUCUUCAUCUUGACAAAGUUCAUGUGAAUCCAAACGUGUUUCUGGGAGAGGCCAAGAACAAUCCUGACUCCAGAGAUGAACACUCAAUGAGCUGGCAAGUCAGGUAUUGAAGGAGUACUAUGCCUGCAGUGUAAAAACCAUCAGUGCAGUGAUAUCAGAUUUUCCCUUGCUGAACAAACUGGUGCACUGACUUCACUCGGAUGGAUAGUUAGUGCCAUAGACCACAGAGAAAGCUUCAUUAUCUGUUUAAUUUCCAAAUCUUGGAUGACAAAAAUUCCCACAACACCACAAACACGGCCCAGAGGUUAAAUUAAGUGACUGGAUCAGCUGAGGGGACACCUAGCAGACGGCUAGCAGCUCCCCCUGUCACUCGAAGAGGCCCCGCUCCUAAUUCUACCUCUCUUUGAUCCUUAAUCUAAUGUAAA